AUGUUAUUAAAAAAUGUAUUACCAUUAGUAAUGAUUAGCCGAUCGAAUUGUUAUCGUAGUUCAAUAACAAGAUUUUCUCGAGAUAUUUAUUCUCGACUUUAUCCAAAUUAUCUUGUUUUACCCGAUGGUUCAACAAUACGUAUACGAUAUUCAGAACCAAGACAUCUUGUUAAAUUACCAGUCGAUAUUGCAAGUUUAUCCGAAAAAGAACAAAAAACCCGUUUAUUACGUCGAACAGCUGCACAAAAAGAAAGAGUUGAAACUACAUUAGAUACAGCUUAUGAUCCAUCAGCCUACUUAAACCAAUAUACGAAAUAA